UUGGAAGCCACAAUUAAGCAGCACCGCUGGGAUAAAACGCUCGGGCUGCCAGCGGACUAGGGCAUUGCAUCGAGAGAUGGCCAGGCUGCGGACUUCGUCCCUCCUCCCUGGAGUCCUGGUUCUCCUGCUUUCCAGCCUCCCGGCUUCGUGGCAAGGAGGGGUUCCAGGUGCUGGAGCUGGAAUUCCAGGAGCAGGGUUCUACCCAGGAACUGGCUUUGGAGCUGGACUUGGAGGAGCAGGUGGCCUAUAUCCAGGAGGUGCCUAUCCUGCUGGAUCUGCUGCUGCAGCCUAUAAAGCCGCCGCUAAAGCUGGACUUGGUGUACCUGGAGCUGGCUUUGGUGGACUACCUGGAGGUGGAGUAGGCGGACUACCUGGAGGCGGCAUAGGUGGACUACCUGGAGGUGGUGUGGGCGGACUACCUGGAGGUGGUGUAGGCGGACUACCUGGAGGUGGUGUGGGCGGACUACCUGGAGGCGGCAUAGGUGGACUACCUGGAGGUGGUGUGGGCGGAUUACCUGGUGCUGGUACUGGAGCCAAGCCUGGGAAAAUCCCUGGUGUUGGAAUUCCAGGAGUCUUCCCUGGAGGCGUACUUCCUGGCACAGGAAUCCGUUAUCCAGGUGUAGGAGUCUUGCCAGGAGUGCCAUCUGGAACAGGUGUCAAACAGAAAGCCCCAGGAGCUGGAGCAGGAGCCUUUGCUGGAAUCCCUGGACUUGGAGGAAUUGGAGGUGGACAGCAACCAGGCCUACCUCUAGGUUAUCCCAUCAAGGCACCAAAACUCCCAGGUAGUUAUUAUGGUAAGCCUUAUGGUGCUGGCAAGCUGACUUUCGGCGGGGCAGGUGGGGCAUAUGCUGGAGGACUUGGAGGGAAACCUGGCUAUCCAACGGGUACAGGUGUAGGAGCUCAGGCUGCUGCUGCUAAGGCAGCUGCAAAAUAUGGCGCUGGACUUUUGCCUGGAGCUGGGUCCCUUGGUCAAGGAGGGUUGUUGCCUGGUGCUGGUGGUGGUCCAGGAGGAAUAGGUGCCGGUGGACCAGUAGCUGCAGCAAUAGCUGCCAAAGCAGCUGCCAAAGCAGCAGCUUACGGUGGCAGAGCUAUCCCUGGAACUGGAGUGGGUGGUGUCGGCGUUGGCUUUCCAGGAUUCCCUGGAACUGGAGUUGGUGGUGUUGGUCUUCCUGGUGUUGGUGGACUUCCGGGAGUUGCAGUAGGCCCAGGAGGAGUUGGCCCAGCGGGAGGAGUGAGUCCAGCAGUAGCAGCAGCUGCUGCCGCUAAAGCAGCAAAAUACGGGCGGGUUCCAGGUGGCGUUGGCCCUGGUGGCGUCAUCCCUGGUGGCGUUGGCCCUGGUGGUGUCAUCCCUGGUGGCGUUGGCCCUGGUGGCGUCAUCCCUGGUGGCGUUGGCCCUGGAGGCAUCAUCCCUGGUGGCGUUGGCCCAGGAGGCGUCGUCCCUGGUGGCGUCGUCCCUGGUGGCGUUGGCCCUGGUGGCAUUGUCCCUGGUGGUGGCGGCAUUGUCCCAGGAACUGGGUUAGCAGGAGCGGCGGCAGCAGCAGCAGCAGCUAAGGCAGCAGCAAAAGCAGCAGCAUAUGGUGGAGUUAGGCCUGGCGGAGUUGUGCCUGGCGGAGUUGUGCCUGGAGGUGUUGUGCCUGGCGGAGUUGUGCCUGGUGGAGUUGUGCCGGGUGGAGUUGUACCUGGUGGAGUUGUGCCUGGUGGAGUUGUGCCGGGCGGAGUUGUACCUGGUGGAGUUGUGCCUGGUGGAGUUGUGCCUGGCGGAGUUGUGCCUGGCGGAGUUGUGCCUGGCGGAGUUGUACCUGGUGGAGUUGUACCUGGUGGAGUUGUACCUGGCGGACUAGUUCCAGGAAGUCCUGCAGCCGCUCUAAAAGCAGCUGCCAAGGCAGCAAAAUAUGCAGGAGCAGGUAGAGGAAGAGGACUUGUGCCUGGAGGAGGAGUUGGCAGCCUAGUACUUAGUCCUGUUAAUGGACUUGUGACUGGCAUUGGAGGAAUCCCAGGAGGUGGAGUACCUGGGGCAGCUGCAGCAGCAAAAGCAGCUGCUAAAGCAGCCAAAUAUGGUCUCAGGCCCGGAGGUGGUGUCCUUCCUGGAGGUGGUGUUGUACCUGGAGGUGGCGUCCUUCCUGGAGGUGGCGUUGUGCCUGGAGGUGGUGUUGUGCCUGGAGGUGGCGUCCUUCCUGGAGGUGGCGUUGUGCCUGGAGGUGGCGUUGUGCCUGGAGGUGGCGUUGUGCCUGGAGGUGGUGUUGUGCCUGGAGGUGGCGUCAUCCCUGGGGGCAGACUUCCUGGUGCAGGCAUUCCCAUAAUUGGAGGACAAGGAGGAGGCAAACCACCUAAAUACGGUGUCCCAGGUACUGGCUUGGGUGGAACUGGUGUGGCAGGCAGAGGAGGAGGAUACGGAGUCCCUGGACUGGGCGUGCCUGGUUACGGAGCUGGUGCCGGAGCUGGAGGUCUGAUCCCCACAACUGGCACUGGCUUUGGAUUAUCUCCUAUUUACCCAGGAUUCACAGGUGGAGGUGUACCUGGCUAUGGAGGUAAACCUCCCAAGCCCUAUGGAGGCCUGGGGGCACUCGGCUACAAAAGAGGAGUCGGCCGGAAGAGGAAGUAGCCCAGACCGACAGCCUACCAUUCACCUCAUGAACUUUGGUGCUACUGCCUGGUCUCGAAUGUACCCUCACCCCAGCCCACCCCUGAGAAAAGCAGAGAUUCCACCACCGCCGCUGCCAACACAGCCC